GCGGAGCAGCCGAAUGUGCAGAGUCACGGUGCGAGGGGCGGCGGGCGGACGCUGGCUGCCGGCAGUGUGUUCCGCGUGCUCGGCAGCGAGAUGCGCGUCUCGUGCCCGGCCGUGAUGGCGUGCGCCUUGCCGUACACGGUGCCCGUGCUGCAGGCGGCCGUGUUCCGCACGCUGAUGCGCUCCGACUGGUACGACCGCCUGAGGAAGCCGCGGUGGACGCCGCCCCGCUGGGCGUACGCGCCCGUCUGGAGCGCCCUGUACGCCGGCAUGGGGUACGCCUCGUACCUCGUCUGGAAGGACGGCGCCGGCUUCCAAGGCCCGGCGAGGCUGCCCCUGGUGCUGUACGGCUCCCAGCUGGUGCUCAACUGGCUGUGGGGCCCCAUCUUCUUCGGGGCGCGCAACAUCCCGUGGAGCCUGGUCGACAUCACGCUGCUGUGGGCCAACGUGGCGGCCUGCGGAUACUCCUUCUACGGCAUCAACGCCGUCGCCGGCUACCUCUUCGUGCCCUACUUCCUGUGGAUGACUCUGGCGACUGACCUCAACUACCAGAUCUACAAGCUCAACUGCACGGAUAAAGGCAGCAAGGACUAGCGCACCGAUCUGUAACAUCCGGAGUCCCGUGGCGGCUAGCAGGUUUGGUAGGUAUACUGUACUGAGAAAAUGUUAAAAAAAAAUAUUGUUCUCUGCUUCCUCCUCUCGUAACUGUUCUCGCUCAAUUCCAUUGUAUAUACUUUCUUAAUAUCUGGCAGUGUGGCGCUAUAGCUACGAACAACUUUUCACUUAUUAUGCUGCGAUUUUAUGAGCCGAGCCGAUCACAGAUUAAAUUGAUGGAGCACGUAAGUGAACCCUUCCUUCACGUCCCGCUGGUGAAGAUAUAUCGAUACCAGUGGUGAAGAUAUUUCUUUCUGUAGCACUCCACCUACAUUCUAUUGCUGUCGUUUGACUUUCUCUCGGUAAUCUCGUACGUGCACCUGUUAGGGAGAGUGUAAUGUACAACUCUACAAUAAAGUCCACAGCAAAUAUUCUCUCUUUGCCACUCAUAAUAACCUGCUGCUCAAUAUAUAUAUAUAUAUAUAUAUAUAUAUAUAUAUAUAUAUAUAUAUAUAUAUAUAUAAUACUUUUUAUUGCAAUUUGUAAUACAGCACAGGAAGUAAAAUCAGAGCCUAAAUAUAAUUUUACAGUUUCCUGUUGGAAAUUGGAAUGACAGACAAGUAACUUUUCACUAACCAGUGAGAACCAGACCGUCACUCUUCAGAGCACAAUUGAAAGAGAGAGAAGAAACAAUCGAGGUGACUUCAGGUAGGCCCAGCUGUUAAUACAACACAGCUGGCACGCUCCAGCAUACGAUCCAUCCCGUGUGAGGCUGUUACUAAGCUGAGACUCCUUACGACAGACUGUGGAGAUCAUUUAUAGUUCCGUACGCCACGUCUCGGAGUGGCCGAUCCGUCGGUAAUGUGCGGGCAGUUACACCUUUCUGAGAAACACGUGGACAGUACAGCGUUAGUAAAUACUGAAUGAGAUAUCCUUUAAUCACUCCGUGUUUAUCCUUCUCACAUCAGAUGUUCUAACCUUAUUCUGACCCUACAUCUGCUUAAAAAUUCUUACUGUGCAUCAUAAUCUGGAGGCCUUACAAAUUUUAGGAAUCAGCUUAUGUUUUGAACAAAAGCAGAUCCAAAAACUUUUCAUUUGUGUACUUGUAGAUCAACUUGCUGAAUAUUUGUGCUGAUCGAGGAUUAUGUAAAUUUGGGCUAAACAGUGCCAACAUACUGAGAGGUGCAACAGGAGAGCAGCAGUUAAAAUCCUCAUCCAAACACCCAGAUAUACAUAUCUUGUGGUUUCCCUAAAUUACUCGUGCCUCUUUCGUGCAGUGUUGCCACUACAGCAAUGCUUUGUGCCGUGUGCUGGGUACUUAGCCCAGUGUGGACAGGAAUCUUUCUUUCCUAAAAACAAGUUGUCGGUGGUACCCACAACAGACUGGUAACUACCUUGCAACUCAUCCUAAAUCCUCCCACGAAGUGUUCGGACAUAGAUGAUGGAGACUACAGUAAACAUUAUUAUUUGAUGGUAAAGGCUGGUAGCAGGCACAACAAAACACUAGCCUUCUCACUUGUACCAAUUCAUAACCAAAGAAUCCAGUUCUCAGAAAAUGUUUUGCAAUAUUCUUAUACCAAUUGGAACAGUAAUGUUCGUGAUUUUUAACUGUAACACCACUAAAAAUAUUUAGUGUAUUACCAAUUUAUCUUCUACUAAUAAUGUAACAAAACAAUAUUUCUCAAAACUAUCUGAUACUUACAACAGAAAGUAAACUUUUAAUCAGUCAUCUCUCAUAUGCCUAAGAUACCACAUGCCUCAGACAAAUGAUAGUGAUAUCUUAAAACUUUUGUUCUCUUGCAUUUUGUAUUUAAUCAUUGAGCAGUAAAGGGAACAAAUAAUUCUCAAAAUUGCUUACAGGAAUUUUUAAUCUAUGAGCUCUUUGUAUUAUUUACUUCUUGUCUAUUAUUCUUGUUGUUAGCAAUUUACAAAAAUAUUUUGAUGUUUGUACAAAAAAAAUUUCAUUUUAAAUGUACAUGUAGUAGUAGGAUAUGUCCUUAUAAUAAUGUUAUUUUCACAAUAAAUUUUAUUAUACUGUU